CGCCGUGCAUCGUAUUCGCCAGCUACUUGUUUAAAUUUUCCGUUCCACCUUAAAUGGUGGAGCAGCUACCGCCUGUUCGCCGACUUCUUGUUUGAAUGUUCCGUUCCACCUGCUGUAUCAUUUAAGGUGGAACGGAUACAUUUCAAUGAGAAGCCAGUUUUAGCCCCGUGAAUUAGGUCAUCGCACUGUAAUGAAUGUGGUCACCAGACACGACGACAACUGACCGUUUGAAUAGUCUGAGCUGAUGGUCCAGGUAGAAAGCGGUUGCAGCCCAGUUUCCUUGGAUAACCUGUGAAACCUUCAUUGUCAUCAUGACCAAAGAAGACGAGAUUCCAGACUGGGUCGGUGCGCAGGAAUUCUACGACAAAUAUGACCCGAAGGAGAUUCUGGGAAGGGGGGUCAGCAGCGUGGUCCGCCGCUGUGUAAAUAAGCGCACCACACAGGAAUACGCAGUGAAGAUCAUAGACAUUACCCCGUCUGAUAAAAUGACAGCUGCAGAGAUCCAGGAGAUCAGAGAGGCCACAGUGAAGGAGAUCGAAAUCCUCAAGAAAGUGUGCGGCCAAGAAAACAUCAUUCAGCUGAAGGACUGCUACGAGACAAAAGCCUUCUUCUUCUUGGUCUUUGACUUGAUGAAGAAAGGAGAGCUGUUUGAUUAUCUCACUGAGAAAGUCACACUGAGCGAGAAGGAGACCAGGAAGAUCAUGCAUGCUCUGCUAGAAGUUGUCCAGUACCUGCACUCCCAGAACAUCGUCCACAGAGACCUGAAGCCUGAGAACAUCCUGCUGGACGACAACAUGAACAUAAAGUUGACUGAUUUUGGCUUCUCUGUGCAGAUUGCACAAGGACAAAAGCUCAAGGAGGUGUGUGGAACUCCAGGUUAUCUGGCUCCAGAGAUCAUUGAGUGCUCGAUGGAUCCUCAUCAUGCAGGAUAUGGCACUGCAGUGGACAUCUGGAGCGCAGGCGUGAUCAUGUACACGCUGCUGGCUGGAUCUCCACCCUUCUGGCACAGGAAGCAGAUGCUGAUGCUGAGGAUGAUCCUGGCAGGGAAUUACCAGUUCACAUCUCCGGAGUGGGACGACCGCUCGGACACCGUCAAAGACCUGAUUUCCAGAAUGUUGGUGGUGAAUCCAGAGCAGCGCUGCACUGCCACAGAGGCCCUAAACCACUCGUUCUUCCAGAAGUACGUGGUCGCGGAGGUGCGACAUUUCAGCCCAUACAAGAAGUUCAAGGUCAUCUCUAUGACAGUCCUGGCUGCAAUGCGCAUUUACUGCAACUAUCGUCGCGCCAAGCCUGUUACCAAGGAGGUGAUCAAGAGCGAUCCUUACGCAGUGAAACCCAUUCGCAAGCUCAUUGAUGCCUGCGCCUUCAAGAUCUACGGACACUGGGUGAAAAAGGGCCAGACGCAGAACAGAGCCGCCCUGUUCGAGAACACUCCGAAGGCCAUCCUGCUCUCCAUAGCCGCCGAGGCAGACGAUCCGGCACUGCGAACGUGGUAGAGGAGAGCCCGCUGAAAUGGACGAAAAGGGUAAACAAGAGCCGAGGUGGACCAAACCUCUGUACCGAUACUACUGCUAAAAUACUGCUUCAGUCAAAGCGGAACUGCUCUAAAUGUAUUCAUACUUGAGUUAAAGUACAAAAAUACUGGCUUUUAAAUGUGCGCACAUUUUAAAACAAAAGCUCUCUGAGUUGUUGCAGUAAAUCUGAUCAUUUUUGUUGAGGAGGCCUGUGUGACUACAGAGAUGAACAGCUAGCUCAGUUUUUAAGGUCUGCAGCCACAGAGGUCUUAGAAAUUAUUCAUCAAAUACACUGACUGCUAUAAAAAAGGUACUGUACAGAUAUAUUGGGCUAGACUACUGUAGACUGCAUUGGUGGGACUAGACUGCUGUAGGCUGAAUGGGUGGGGCUAGACUGCUGUAGACUGCAUUGGUGGGACUAGACUGCUGUAGGCUGAAUGGGUGGGGCUAAACUGCUGUAGACUGAAUGGGUGGGGCUAGACUGCUGUAGACUGCAUUGGUGGGACUAGACUGCUGUAGAAUGAAUGGGUGGGGCUAGACUGCUGUAGACUGAAUGGGUGGGGCUAGACUGCUGUAGACUGAAUGGGUGAAUAUAUAUGCGUGUGUUUGUUUUUGUGACAUCACAAAAACAGUGAAUUUAGCUUCCAUAGAUGGCCUGUGUCGACUGGUCAGUACAUUUUAAACUUUAACAGUGUUUACGUAUUACUUCAGUCUCCAUUAUUUAAAAAAACACGUAAGGAAUUAGUUUUUUUCCACGGUACGGGCCCUUUAAGGUACAACUGUGUUCAUUAAAUCGGUUUUCAAGCAUUUACAUUUACAUUUAUGGCAUUUGGCUGACGCUCUUAUCCAGACCGACUUACAAUUUGAUCAUUUUACACAGGGAGGCCAAGGUGGUGUUAGGAGUCUUGCCCACGGACCCUUAGUGGUAUAGUGUAGGGUGUUUGCCCUGGUCGGGGAUUGAACCCCAGUCUACAGCGUAGAAGGCAGAGGUGUUAACCAAUACACUACACUAACCACCAGGAGCACUAGGCUACAUAUCUGUACCUUUUCAUAACAAAACAAUUUCAUUUAGAAGAAAUGAAACUCCUCAAAUCAGGACGGGAAAAAAUAUGUAGAAAUAUAUAUAUAAGAAAUAUAACUGCAGGAGAAUUAGUCACAGUUGUGUUCCCUAAUUAAAGGCACUGAACACGUUCCCUAAAGUGCGUCAUCGCAAUGGCGAACGACAGCCUGACUGCUUUAACUCAAGUGAAAAUACAGACGGAAUAGUUUUACGUACAGAAGCGGUGCAGAUGUUUUGUGCGUUGUCCACCCCUGAAUAUCUAGAGCGGAUCCUCCUCAAACAGCAUGUCUGACUCUUCUGUAGUGUUUUAUAUGUGCUAAUACUUUUGUUAUUAUUUAUUUAAAAGUAAACAGAUCUGAGUUUUACGGUCCCUGUCAGGAUAUCCACAACAGUAAUGAUAAAACUGUAAGAAGCUUUGUUUAAUAUUUAAUUUAAUUAAUAAUCAAGCUUAAUUUAUUGAAUUCACACCUAGAUAGCAGAGCAUAUACUGAGAGUUCUAGAACACACGCACACAAACACACACACACACACACACACACACACACACACACCUUCUAAGCCGCUUCUCCUUCUGGGUCGCGGGGAGUUCUGGAGCCUAUCCCAGCAGUCACUGGGCGGAAGGCAAGA